AUAUACGCUAGCCAUCGGUAGCCUGUAAGAGACAUCACCUCUGUCUGGGGAAAACACUGCUUGAUUUUCUGUCUGUACCACACAUCUCACUGGCCACCUUUCUGAAUUCAAGAUGCCUGCAGCAGUGGUAGAUAAUAGCCAAGUGAUAUGUGAGGUGUGGGCUGUCAACUUGGAGGAGGAGAUGCAUAAAAUUAGAGAGCUUGUUCGCACUUAUGGCUACAUAGCAAUGGACACAGAGUUUCCUGGAGUUGUGGUGCGGCCCAUCGGUGAAUUCCGGAGCACAAUAGAUUAUCAGUACCAACUAUUGCGCUGUAAUGUUGACCUUCUGAAAAUCAUUCAGCUUGGGCUUACUUUUAUGAAUGAAAAGGGGGAGUAUCCACCUGGGAUCAACACAUGGCAAUUCAACUUCAAGUUUAACCUCACUGAGGAUAUGUAUUCUCAGGAUUCUAUUGACUUGUUGGCGAAUUCUGGGCUUCAGUUCCAAAAGCACGAAGAGGAAGGCAUAGACACCCUAACCUUUGCAGAGCUGCUCAUGACAUCCGGUGUGGUCUUAUGUGACAAUGUGAAAUGGCUUUCAUUUCACAGUGGUUAUGACUUUGGCUAUAUGGUAAAGCUUCUAACGGAUUCCCGUCUGCCUGAGGAGGAACAUGAGUUUUUUCAUAUCUUAAAUCUCUUCUUCCCAUCUAUCUACGAUGUCAAGUAUCUGAUGAAGAGCUGUAAAAACCUGAAGGGAGGGCUUCAGGAGGUAGCUGACCAGUUGGACCUGCAAAGGAUUGGUAGGCAACACCAAGCAGGCUCGGACUCUCUGCUGACAGGCAUGGCAUUCUUCCGGAUGAAGGAGCUGUUCUUUGAGGACCACAUUGAUGAUGCCAAAUAUUGCGGUCGCCUCUACGGACUGGGUACAGGGGUGGCUCCAAAGUCGAACGAGGAAGCAGAGGAGAAAAUUAGCAUCAUGUCUCUUAUCAACAAUGGGCAGCAGUAAAGUGUUCCGUUACUUGCCUUCUGUCAGCACAUCACAUAACAUAACAGCAUCUAUAUGUUAAGCAAUGGGAUCUUAUCCGUUCCUGUCAUUCACUCAAUGCCAGAACCGUUCAGUUACUCCCAAUGCACCUUCCUCAGAAUGACCAACAGCAGAAUCAUUGGCAUUUUGAGUGACACUGUAUAUAUUGUUCUGCUUAGUAAUUUUCCUUACUUUCAUAAUUUUACUGCAAGAUGUCAUCCUCUUCCUAAAAUAGCCCUGCCAAGCCACACGGGCACAGAAGAGAAAGUCUCACCAGUGACCAAGUACAGAGACGCCGAGGUUUUUUUUGUAUCUGCCAUUGUAAACUUUCCUUUGCUCAAAUGCUGAGCAGUUCUCUCAUGGGUACACUUGGCAAUUCCCAAAUCAGCACUAGGACUCCUAGAGUGCCUUGGGAAAGCCUAGGUUUUGCCCCCUUUGCUUUCAGUGCCACAGCAUUAAGCACCUUUUAAGAUUUUAAUAAAUUACAAAAAAAUUAUGAGAACCUGCUGAGCAUCUCCCAUCAUUUCAGUUUAGCUUAACAAGCUGUGUCAUACCGUCUUGGCCCUGCAUGUUGAUAGCCAUAAUGAAUUUAUUGGUAUGGAGGAGGAGCUAUACAGUAGAGUUGUCUAUGGGAGUCUGUAAAAAAAGGCACUAAGUUUGCCCAGUAGCAGUAACCAAUAGUGACCAAUAAGAUGUUUGCUUUUAAACAGGUGACCAGUAAAUUCUCCCUGCUGAUUGGUUUCUCUGGGUUACUGCACCUGGGCAAGCUUUGUGCCUUUUAUUACAUAACCCCCUAAGUGUUUCUGCAGAUAGGCAUAGGCCCACAAAGGUGCCUGCGAUUAAAAAAAAAACAAAAUUCUAAAACUAAACAUGAAAAUCUUGGCACUAACAAAGCCCAAAGUUCCUUCUGGUACAUGAGUAAGGCACAAAUUGAUUCACUAACACUUUGCUGAUACCAGGAAUGCCCACUACUGCUCUGUUAAAUAAAAAUGUUCAUGUAAGUCUUAAAUGACGGAAAAACCUAUUUUGAUGUUAGAAAAAAAAAGAAAAUCUGUUACUAGAACUGUAUCAUACAAUUUUGAAAACCGUCAAGAAUUGCAACUUAUUUUACACUGGACAUCUAAGGAAAACAUGCAGAUACCCACUUGUCCUUUUAAAAGCCCAAAACUGAGCUUUCUAGUAUUUUUAUCCCAGUUCUAAUUAGAUAUUUUAAAAUUGGCUUUAAAGCUAUUGGAAUUGCCUUCUCUGUGUUAUCUGUAAAAAAAAAAAAAAUGAACAGAUGGAAAAAAGCUGAAAGCAGUGGAAAAGAAAAAAAGAAUGUUUGACUUAAAAGUCUUGAGAUUUUAUCCAGCAAGUUUUGUAAUCCAUGUUCCAUUGUUCUGAGCUGGAGUCUGAAAUGUGUGUAAAUAUUAUUUAUGUUUUUAAAUUUGUAAAAUAAAGAAGUGUUUUUUUUUUUAAACAAA